AUGAGUCCCGCCUUCAUCCAUCAGCUGAUAAAGACGCGUCACACCAACAUCAGUGACCCUCUGACGAAGGCGGAAGUGCCCGCCGAAACAUGUCAGGUCGGACACGAGCCACUACCGCCGACCCUUGGACAUUUUUUUAGAAGAGAGGUGUACCACCUGCCUGGAUUUUUUGCUUAUGCAAAACACAUCAUUAAGAUUGAUGGGAAAGCUGGUCUCUUCAAAGGGCUUGCGCCAAGGCUUUGUGCAGGCACCAUCGGCACUGUAGUCCAUAGUAAAAUUGUGCAGAAAUGUCACAAACAAGGGACACUUGAGGUAAGUGUUUUCUAGAACCAUUUUUUGAAUAUCAUCAACCUUCAUUAAUAAGUCUUUUACUCUUGUACUGUACUUUUAGGCUGCACGAUUUCGAC